CCUGAAUCUCUUCCAGUCACUCUCCCUCCGCUCUGGUUUGUCGUCUUCUGAGACGUCGAGGGGGUACUCCUGAGAGAGGCUCUCUUCGCGCACGCGCGCAACUAUUUGGCGCGGUUAAUUAAUGUCGCGCGCCCUGCCUGGCGGGGCCUUAGCCCUCUGGCUUUCUGCCCUCGCGUCACUGAGGCCACUAGACUUGGCCCCUCCCCUUUCCCCGACACCCCUACCCCCCCUCUCCCGCGGAGGCUGGCCUCGCCCGUUACACCGCCUCCGGUCCGCGCCCCGCGCGUUCAACUCUUCCCGGCGCCCCUUUGCUCCCUUCGCGGUCGGGACGCUACGCUCGGGGGCCCGGGCUGAAACCCCACUUCGCUGAGACCCCAGCCUCCGCUCAGCUCCCGCUCGGGACCAUGACCUCUGAGGUGGCGCGGCAUCUGCUCUUUCAGUCUCACAUGCCAACAAAAACAACUUGUCCAUCCUCACAAGUAUCUGAUGAUGAACAGAAACAAAAAAGAGAAAAUACUCGUUCUUUAACUAUGUCUGGCCAUGUUGGUUUUGAGAGUUUGCCUGAUCAGCUGGUUAAUAGAUCCAUUCAGCAAGGCUUCUGUUUUAAUAUUCUCUGUGUGGGGGAAACUGGAAUUGGAAAAUCAACAUUGAUUGACACACUGUUUAAUACUAAUUUUGCAGACCAUGAAUCCUCACAUUUUUUCCCACAUGUUAGACUUAAAGCUCAGACAUAUGAACUCCAUGAAAGUAAUGUUCGAUUGAAAUUGACCAUUGUGAAUACAGUAGGAUUUGGUGACCAAAUAAACAAAGAAGAAAGCUACCAACCAGUAGUUGACUACAUAGAUGCUCAGUUUGAGGCCUAUCUCCAAGAAGAGCUAAAGAUCAAGCGUUCUCUCUUUAAUUACCACGAUUCUCGCAUCCAUGUGUGCCUCUACUUCAUCUCACCUACAGGUCACUCUCUGAAGACACUGGAUCUCUUAACAAUGAAGAGCCUUGACAGCAAGGUGAACAUUAUACCAGUGAUUGCCAAAGCAGAUAUAAUUUCUAAAGCUGAAUUACAGAAGUUUAAGAUCAAGCUCAUGAGUGAAUUGGUUAGCAGUGGUGUCCAGAUAUACCAAUUCCCAACAGAUGAUGAAACUAUUGCUAAAAUCAAUGCUUCAAUGAAUGGACAUUUGCCAUUUGCUGUUGUAGGAAGUAUGGAUGAGGUAAAAAUUGGAAAUAAGAUGGUCAAAGCUCGCCAAUACCCUUGGGGUGUUGUACAAGUGGAAAAUGAAAACCACUCUGACUUUGUAAAGCUCCGAGAAAUGCUUAUUUGUACAAACAUGGAGGAUCUGCGAGAACAGACCCAUACUAGGCAUUAUGAACUUUACAGGCGUUGCAAACUGGAGGAAAUGGGCUUUACAGAUGUGGGUCCAGAGAAUAAGCCGCUCAGCAUAUCUUCAGUCUGGGAAACAUCCGCUCACAAAUCAGAAGAAGAAUGGAAAAUUGGCAAAGGAGGUUCUUCAAUUUAUGCCAGAUUUCAGAUUGGAUAGGGAACAAGCAAGAAAAGAUGGGGAACUAGAUCUCAGUGUAAGGAAGACCUCUGCCUGCAUGGGUCCUCUGCCAUCCUUAAGAGAGAAGAAAUUUCUUACUGGAUUUCUUGAGUCAGGCAUGGCAGAUGUUUCUUCUCUUGGUGUUUUCUCAUUUGUGAAUGAAUUAUCUGAUAAAGCUUCUAUAAUUCAGUAUAGCCUGAUGUCUUAGGAAGGUUUUACAGCUUCAAGACGUUGUAUUCUAUUUUCUGGGCAAUGUUUUCCAUUUAAUUUGGGGUGUAUGUAAAAAUAGUCAUUGUGAUUUGGUUGGCAUAUGAAAUCCAUCCCUAUUAUAUCUAUCAAUAAAAAAUAGUUCUAUGAACCUGUUAGGAUGACCUUUAUUCUUCACUGCCAUACCGUCAGCUUGUUUUCCACUUACAUUUUAUUGUGAACAGUUAUGCUGAGUCAUAGUUAGCAUCCUAAUCUCCCAACAUUGUUCAGGUGCUUAUCAUGAGGUCCCAGUAAAUGGCAUUAUACUCUCCUCUAGUCUUAAUUAACUGAUCUUUAGUUAUUUAAGCUAGAUCAGACAUGCUUAUAAAGCUCCUUAAAUCCCCAAGUUAUUUUAGAUUAACAUAACCACUCUUAUUCCCCAAAUUAAUCAUCUUUAACAUUAGAGAAUAGAAGGGACCUAUAGAUUUGAGGGACCUAUAGUUUUGAAAAGAAGAUUUUUGUAGUAUUUUAGAGUUGCUUAAGUGUUUGGCGUGAUUUUUUUUGUGUUAUAAAAUUUGUGUCUUUGGAAUUCUCAAGAAAUAAAUAACUUUUGCAUUUAGUCUACAGCAGAAAUGGAGAAAGUUCAGCAGGUUUAUUAGAACUGUAUAUGAAACACAAAGAAAUCCCAAGUGAAGGGACUGCAGUGAUUUUCUUGAUGAAAAUGAAUUUCUGAGAAUUUUUUUUCUUCUUUGGUUUUCAACAGUGAUACUUUAAGUAUAGUAAUAUGUUGCGUUGAAUAUUCACAGCAAGCUACUUUUAUAUUAGAAAAAGCAAGAAUUUUAUAUUAAAAUAGCAAGAAAACCAUUUUUUCAUUUUCAUUUAAUGAAUAAAUCCAUGAUAGUAAACAGUGGUUGUCUUAGUUUUACAACACUAACUAAUAAAUCAUUCCCUUACAGAUUUUCUAAGAGUUUCUUUAUGACUUUUUGAAAGAUAGUGCAGGUUUCUUUACUUACAAUUGGCUUUUGGUUGUCAAAGUUGAAAAACCAUAUGACAUGGUGGAAAAUAUGCAGGAGUAGUACAUUUUUACCUUUAAAAAAACCCAAAAAUCUGACCUGGUUCAAUUUCCAACUUUCUACUUACCAACUAUGUUGCUUUGGGCAGAUUACUUUACCUUUCUGAGCUUUAGUUUUCUUAUCUGUAAAACAGAGUAUUAGUGCUUGAUCUUCACAGAUGGUAUGGGAAUUAGAUAGAUACGGGAAUUACCAGAAAAUUACCUUGCUGUUAGCAGCUAUUCAACAAAUGUUAGGUCUUUUCUCUUUACCAGGUAGAUUUAUUUUCCUCCUAAGCAACUCAAGUGCUUAUGUAUGAACAGAUAAUGAGAACUUUUGAAAACAUUUUAAAAUUCACUUAAAUUCCACAUAUUAUUUAAAUCAAGUUUGUCAUCAAAGACUAUCAAAUCCAAUAUGGGGCUGGUGAAAUGUAGUGAGGUUUCUGACAAUGGUGAAGGUAGCCUGAUAGAUUUAGAGGCUUCUUUAAAAUAAGACCAAAACAGGGAGGAGCCAAGAUUACGGAACAGCAUGGAAGUCUUUUUGCAUCUCACAUCCAUGAAAUACAGCCAGAUCAACACUAAACCAUCCUGCACCCCUAGAAAACUGAUUGGAGGAUUAACACAACAAUCUGCACAACCUGAGCCACAGAACUCAGCAGGAAUUCACCCCAUAAGAAAGAGCAGAAAGAAACAACAGCCAGAGACUUAAUCAACACAGAUAAAAGCAAGAUGUCUGAACCAGAAUUUAGAAUCACGAUAGUAAAAAUACUAGCUGGGGUCAAAAAUAGAUUAGAAUCCCUCCCUGAAGAGAUAAAAGAAGUAAAAACUAGUCAGGAUGAAAUAAAAAAAUGUCAUAACUGAGCUGCAAUCUCGAAUGCCAUGGUGGCAAGGAUGGAUGAGGCAGAACAGCGAAUCAGUGAUAUAGAGGACAAACUUAUGGAGAAUGAUGAAGCAGAAAAAAAGAGGGAGACUAAGGCAAUGAGCACGAUUUAAGAAUGAGAGAAAUCAGUGACUCAUUAAAAAGGAAAAACAUCAGAAUCAUAGGGGUCCCAGAAUAUAUAUAGAGAGAAAAAGGGGUAGAAGGGUUAUGUGAGCAAAUCAUAGUGGAAAACUUUGCUAACCUGGGGAAAGACACAGAAAUCAAAACCCAGGAAGCACAGAAGACUCCCAUCAGAUUCAACAAAAACUGACCAUCAACAAGGCAUAUCAUAGUCAAAUUCACAAAAUACUCAGGAAAGGAGAGGAUCAUGAAAGCAUCAAGGGAAAAAAAUCCUUAACCUACAAGGGAAGACAGAUCAGGUUUGCAGCAGACCUAUCCACAGAAACUUGGCAGGCCAGAAAGGAGUGGCAGAAUAUAUUCAAUGUGCUGAAUUGGAAAAAUAUGCAGCCAAAAAUUCUUUAUCCAGCAAGGCUGUCAUUCAAAAUAGAAGGAAAGAUUAAAAGUUUCCCAAACAACAAUUAAAGGAAUUUGUGAUCACUAAACCAGCCCUGAAAGAAAUUUUAAGGGGGACUCUCUGAGGGGAGAAAAGACAAAAAAAAUACCAGAAGCAACAAAGAUUAGAAAGGACCAGAGAACACCACCAGAAACUCCAACUCUACAAGAAACACAAUAGCAAUAAACUCGUAUCUUUCAGUACUCACUCUAAAUGUCAAUAGACUAAAUGUUCCAAUCAAAAGACAUAGGGUAACAGACUGGAUAAGAAAACAAGAUCCAUCUGUAUGCUGUUUACAAGAGACCCACUUUAGACCUAAAGACACCUUCAGAUUGAAAAUAAGGGGAUGGAGUAGCAUCUAGCUAAUGUCAACAAAAGAAAGCCGGAGUAGCCAUACUUAUAUCAGACAAUCUAGACUUCAAAAUAAAGACUGUAACAAGAGAUGAAGAAGGGAAUUAUAUCAUAAUUAAGGGGUCUAUCCACCAAGAAGACCUAACAAUUGUAAACAUAUAUGCUGCAAAUGUGGGAGCACCCAAAUAUAAAAAUCAAUUAAUCACAAACAUAAAGAAACUCAUUGAUAAUAAUACCAUAAUAGUAGGGGACUUCAACACUUCACUUACAGCAAUGGACAGAUCAUCUAAAUAGAAAGUCAACAAGGAAGCAAUGACUUUGAAUGACACACUAGACCAGAUGGACCUAACAGAUAUAUUCAGAACAUUUCAUCCUAAAUCAGCAGAAUGUAUAUUCUUCUCCAGUGCACAUGGAACGUUCUCCAGAAUAGAUCACAUACUGGGACACAAAUGAGCCCUCAACAAGUACAAAAAGACUGAGAUCAUAUUUUCAGAUCAUAACACUGAAACUCAAAAUCAACCACGAGAAAAAAUUUGGAAAGACAGCAAAUACUUGGAGACUAAAGAACAUCCUACUAAAGAAUGAAUGGGCUAACCAAGAAGUUAAAGAGGAAAUUAAAAAGUACAUGGAAGCCAAUAAAAAUGAUAACACCACAGCCCAAAACCUCUGGGAUGCAGCAAAGGUGGUCAUAAGGGGGAAGUAUAUAGCAAUCCAGACCUUCCUAAAGAAGGAAGAAAGGUCUCAGAUACACAACCUAACCUUAAACCUUAAAGAGCUGGAAAAAAAACAGCAACUAAAGCCCCAAACCAGAAGAAGACAGGAAAUAAUAAAGAUUAAAGCAGAAAUCAAUACUAUUGAAGCCAAAAAAUCAGUAGAACAGAUCGAUGAAACCAGAAGCUUGUUCUUUGAAAGAAUUAACAAAAUUGAUAAGCCCCUAGCCAGUUUGAUCAAAAAGAAAAAGGAAAGGACCCGAAUAAAUAAAAUCAAGAAUGAAAGAAGAAAGAUCACAACCAACACAGCAGAAAUAAAAACAGUAAGAGAAUAUUAUGGGCAAUUAUAUGCCAACAAAAUGGGCAAUCUGGAAGAAAUGGACAAAUUCCUAGAAACAUAUAAACUACCAAAACGAAACAGGAAAAAAUAAAAAAUUUGAACAGAUCCAAACCAGUAAAGAAAUUGAAUUAGUAAUAAAAACACUCCCCCCAAACAAGAGUCUAGGGCCAGAUGGCUCUCCGGGGGAAUUCUACCAAACAUUUAAGGAAGAGUUAACACCUAUUCUCUUGAAGCUGUUCCAAAAAAUAGAAAUGAAAGGAAAACUUCCAAACUCAUUCUCUGAAGCCAGCAUUACCUUGAUUCCAGAACCAGACAGAGACCCCACUAAAAAGGAGAACUAUAGACCAAUUUCCCUCAUGAACAUGGGUGCAGAAAUCCUCAACAAGAUGUUAGCCAACUGGAUCCAACAAUACAUUAAAGAAAUUAUUCACCACAACCAAGUGGGAUUUAUACCUGGGAUGCAGGGCUGGUUCAAUAUCCACAAAACAAUGUGAUUUAUCACAUCAAUAAAAGAAAGAACAAGAACCACAUGAUCCUCUCAAUAGAUGCAGAGACAGCCUUUGACAAAAUACAACAUCUUUUCUUGAUAAAAACUCUGAAGAAAGUAGGGAUAGAAGGAUUAUACCUUGAGAUCAUAAGAGACAUAUGUGAAAGACCAACGCUAAUAUCAUCCUCAAUGGGGAAAAACAGAGAGCUUUUCCCCUAAGGUCAGGAACACAACAGGGAUAUCCACUCAUCACGGUGAUUCAACAUAGAAUUGGAAGUCUUAGCCUCAGCCAUCAGACAACACAAAGAAAUAGAAGCAUCCAAAUCGGCCAGGAUGAGGUCAAACUUUCACUCUUCGCAGAUGACAUGAUACUGUAUACAGAAAACCCAAAAGAUUCCACCAAAAAACUGCUAGAAGUGAUCCAUGAAUUCAGCAAAGUGGCAGGAUAUAAAAUCAAUGCACAGAAAUCAGUUGCAUUCCUAUACACCAACAAUGAAGCAACAGAAAGAGAAAUCAAGGGAUCAGUCCCAAUUGCACCAAAAACCAUAAAAUACCCAGGAAGAAAUCUAACCAAAGAGGUGAAAAGUCUAUACACUGAAAACUAUGGAAAGCUUAUGAAAGGAAUUGAAGAAGAUACCAAAAAAUGGAAAAAUAUUCCAUGCUCCUGGAUAGGAAGAACAAAUAUUGUUAAAAUGUCAAUACUACCCAAAGCAAUCUACAUAUUCAAUGCAAUACCUAUCAAAAUAACACCAGCAGUCUUCACAGAGCUGGAACAAACAAUCCAAAAAUUUGAAUGGAACCAGAAAAGACCCCAAAUAGCCAAAGUAAUCUUGAAGAAGAAAACUAAAGCAGGAGGCAUCAUAAUCGCAGACUUCAAGUUGUAUUACAAAGCUGUAAUCAUCAAGACAGUAUGGUAUUGGCACAAGAACAGACACUCAGAUCAGUGAAACAGAAUAGAGAACCCAGAAAUGGACCCACAAACAUAUGGCCAACUAGUCUUUGACAAAGCAGGAAAAUAUCCAAUGGAAUAAAGACAGUCUCUUCAGCAAGUGGUGCUCGGAAAACUGGACAGCAACAUGCAGAAAAAUGAACCUGGACCACUUUCUUACACCAUCCACAAAAAUAAACUCAAAAUGGAAUGAAGAGCUAAAUGUUAGACAGGAAGCCAUCAAAAUCCUCGAGGAGAAAGCAGGCAAAAACCUCUUUGACGUUGGCCACAGCAACUCCUUACUCAACAUGACUCCAGAGGCAAGGGAAACAAAAGCAAAAAAGAACUAUUGGGACCUCAUCAAAAUAAAAAGCUUCUGCACAGCAAAGGAAACAAUCAGCAAAACUAAAAGGCAACUGAUGGAAUGGGGGAAGAUAUUUGCAAAUGACAUAUCAGAUAAAGGGUUAGUAUCCAAAAUCUAUAAACAACUUAUCAAACUGAACACCCCAAAAACAAAUAAUCCCGUGAAGAAAUGGGCAAAAGACAUGAAUAGACCCUUCUCCAAAGAAGACAUCCAGAUGGCCAACCGACACAUGAAAAAAUGCUCAACAUCACUCAUCAUCAGGGAAAUACAAAUCAAAACCACAAUGAGUAUAUAUG